CCCACGGCCAAGCACAUGCUGGCCUACCUGCCCCGGCCGCCCACCGACACCAGCCGCUACGGCACCUUCCCCCAGAAGCCCGACCUCCCGGCCGCCCCCGGGGCUCUGGUGGAGGACGGCGAGAAGCCGGCCGCCGCCACCAGUGCCAAGAGAGGCACUCCGAUGCCAAACUACCCAUCUGCACCCCGGCACAGCGGCUUUGUCCCCGGUGAGCCAUCCCUGCCGCCGAGCCGCGGGAGCCUGACCACCCAGCACCACCGUGGCCGGCCGUCCUGGUGCCCACCGCCUGCCCCGCAAGAGGCAGGUGCCCGCUUGUACCCACUGCACGCACUGAGCGUGGCCAACAUCCCCAACUCGUCACGCGGCAAGACCUCCGCCCGCAGCUCCACCAUUCCCACCCCAGAGGGGCUGCAGAGCCGGCGCUGCAAGCUGCUGGAGGAGGACAGCCCCAUGGUCCAGGCCGGCAAGCGGCAGCGGCAGCGCUAUGUGACAAAAGUGGGCAAGUGCCAGGUGAACCUGGGCAACAUCCAGGACAAGAAGAGGUUCCUCUCAGAUAUCUUCACCACCAUUGUAGACCUCAAGUACCGGUGGUUCCUCUUUGUCUUCAUGAUGUGCUACAUCAUCACCUGGGUGGUCUUUGGCUUCAUCUACUUCUUGGACGCCUGGCUGCGGGGUGACAUUGGGCACCAGGGUGAUCCCGAGUGGGAGGCGUGCAUCGAGAACGUGGAUGGCUUUGUCUCUGCCUUGCUCCUCUCAGUGGAAAGCCAGCGGACCAUUGGCUAUGGCACUCGGAUGGUGACAGCCAACUGUGCCGAGGGCGUCAUCCUGUUGAUAGCACAGUCCAUCGUCGGUUCCAUGAUCGACGCCAUGAUGGUUGGCUGCAUGUUCGUUAAGAUCUCCCGGCCCAAGAAGCGUGCCCAGACCCUCAUCUUCAGCAAGAACUGCGUCAUCUCCCGCCGGGACGAGAAGCUCUGCCUGAUGUUUCGUGUGGGGGACCUGCGGGAAAGCCACAUGGUGGAUGCCAAGAUCCGGGCAAAGCUGAUCAAGUCCCGUCAGACGGCCGAGGGGGAGUUCAUCCCCCUGGAGCAGUCAGAACUGAACCUGGGCUAUGACACAGGGGAGGACCGUCUAUUCCUGGUGGAGCCCCAGAUCAUCUGCCACGUCAUCAACCAUCACAGCCCUUUCUGGGACAUGUCAGCCGAGUCACUGCGCCGGGAGCAGUUUGAAAUCAUCAUCAUCCUCGAGGGCAUCGUGGAAGCCACAGGAAUGACGUGCCAAGCCCGCACCUCCUACACAGAGGACGAGAUCCUCUGGGGAUACCGCUUCGAGCCCUGCAUGUCCCUGGAGAAAGGCGCCUUCCAGGUGGACUACAGCCGCUUUGAGAUGACCUUUGAGGUGCAGACACCAGCAGCCAGCGCCAAGGAGCUGCACGAGCUGAAGGAGCUGGAGCAGCAGGAACACUCCACACUCAGCCUCUACUGGGACCACCUCCUGCAGCCCUGCGCGCUGCCGGGACCCAGCGAGGACGCGCUGGUGGGGAUGAGUGUCCCCAGCAGCGUGGCUGAGGGCAUCCGGGAUGAGCCACCAGAGCGAGAAUUCCCUGCCUGA